ACCCCAUCUCUUGGUCGUACAAGUAUUUGAUGGAGGAAUGACAUAAUGAAAAUUAUAUAACAAAAUUGAUUAAAAUUAAUCAAUUAAUUUGGAAUUGCAUUUAAUAUACAAUCAUCAAAAUCGUCUUAAAUAAAUAUCAUAUCUUAGUGCAACUAUUUGUCAAAAGAUUUCAUAAUUACUAGUUGCCAGCAGUUAUAAACUUAUAAUUCAUUCAUUUUUUAUAUAAUACAUGAGCCAAUAUCCAAAUUACAUUGUGAAAGUAAUCCAAAAAAUCAUAGAUAAAUCAUAAAUAUACAAUCAAAACAAUACCAUGGCAAGCGCAAGGACCAAACAUGAACUAAUACCUAAUGAGAGCAAGAGAAAUGAAACAUUCGAGAAAAAGACAGACGGUUUGGUCAAGAAAGCAAAUGAACUCUCCACCCUUUGUGGAGUCGAGGUUGCAAUAAUAAUCCAUAAACAACGACAUCGUCGUUACGAUUUAGGAGAAGACAAUGCAAUGUUGUGGCCAUCCCCUCCGAUUUUUAGAGAAAGUCUGCAUAAAUUUCUCGAUUAUUCAGAUUUCAAGAAAAGAAGAAGAAUGGUUAAGCACGAGAAAUUCACGGAGAAAAUAACGAAAAAGGAGAGAGAAAAUGUAUCGAAAUGGGAAACGAGAUGUGAACUCCAAGAAUCUCGGCAAGUGAUGAACGAAAUAAUGAAACAAGACCACGUGGACGAUUAUUUCAACGAACUUGAAUUGUAUCAGUUGGAUGGAUUGAACGCACUCGUAGAGAACAUGCUAACAAAGCUUGAAACAACAUCAUUGAAUGCGAUAGAGAAUUCGAGA